AUGCAAUUAAAUUCAUUAAUUUUAUUCUCAUUAGCUACUUCAGUAGUUAAUGCAGCUCCUUUUAAUUUUUUUAAAAGGUAUGAAAAUACUACUUUACCAUCAUCAUCUGCUUUUUCAUCAAUUGCUGGUGUUGAAUUAAGUUCAUCAAGUGAUUAUGGUUAUUCAGCAAGUAUUUAUCCAACUUCAGGUUCAAGUUCAUCAGAGGAAGAUAUUUGGAUUACUUCAACUGUUAUUCAAUAUGUUACUUUAACUCAAGAUACAACUACUCAAACUUCAGCUACAAAUACUUUAACUACUACUUAUCAAUCUCAUGUUGUUUCUAGUGAUGCUAGUGAAUCAUCAGAUGUUGAUAUUACUUCAACUGUUAUUGAAUAUGUUACAUUAACUUCAAAUGGUCAAACUUUAACUUCAGCUACAAAUACUGCUACUACAGUAAUUCAUCAAGCUGACGCAAUUGAAAGUGAUGAUAGUGGUGAACAUGAAACUACUACUUCAACUAUUACCUCAAUUGUUACAAUUACAAAUGCUCAAGGUUCUACUGAAUUAUCUACAGAAGUUGAAACUACUAAAGUUGAAGAAACUGCCCAACAAACAGUUGCUGCUGAAUCAUCUAAUGCUGCUUUAACAACUACUGAAGGUGCUUGUGUUCCAUCAACAGUUACAGUUACAGUCACUGAAACUCCAAAACCAACUGAUAUUACAUCAACUUUAGAACAAGAUAUCACUACAACAAUUUCAACUUCAAUUUAUGUUACUUCCUAUCCAAUUGAAGCAUCAUUUACAAAUGAUGAUACUACAACUACUUUAACUUCUUUCAUUGAUGUUACUCAAACUCAAUUAUAUACUUUUACUUCAACUUUAUCCCAUCAUAAUUCAUCAUAUUAUGUUGCUCCAACUUAUGGCGCUUCUUCAUAUGGUAAUUAUACUGUUGAACCAACUGGUUAUUACAAAUUAUAA